GUAAUUGGUGAUGGUUAGUUGCGAUUAAAUCGCGAUGUAAAUGUAAUUGGUGAAAAAUUAGAUUUUGUAUGGUGUUUAUCAAGUGUCGGAUGUUUAGUCAAAUUCAAAUAUGCUAUAGAAAUUGCCCUUAUGUAGUUUAAUUGUGGUGUAUUCACCACCAACUUUUUCUUACUAUUCUCGAUAGAGUUCCAAGUUUAAAUGUUAUCAUUAACAUAAGUUUAAUCGAAGCAAUUAAAAAUGUCUUUGGGUGAAGAAAAUCCUGCCGUGGUGAUCGAUGAUGAAAAGCUUAAGACAUUGGAGGAACAUCGGAAGUUCCAUCAGGAACAUAUGGGACACGAACAAAUGCAUGCCGAAAUGUUACUUAUCUUUCUAGUCGUAUUAUUUGCUGUUCAAAUUAUUUUGAUUGAAUGGAAGAGGCGAUUUUACAGAUCGUAUAUGAUUGUUACUUUAUUAGCUUUAUGGAUCAUACCAUGUGGAUUAGCUUUAAGAAAUAGUUUUUGGAGAUUUGUUACAAUAUGGUUGUUAUUUACCAUUAUAUGCGCUUUAGUUAUUAAAAGAGCAUCGGAAAGACCAAUAAAAGGUACCACACCGCGAUUGGUGUAUAAAUGGUUUUAUCUCAUUUAUAAAAUUAGCUAUGGACUUGGACUGGUAGGAUACGUAAUUAUGAUGUGCACCUUUUUUGGAUUUCACGUGAUAUUUGGGUCCAAACCUCAAACCUGGAUGGACGGAGCUGUACUAUUAGUAUUCUAUGGUUUAUACUACGGUGUCAUUGGCCAAGAUCUUGCUGUUAUAUGUUCUGAAAAAAUGGCCUGUCAUAUAGGAUAUUAUACUGCCGACGGAAUGCCUACACGUAAUUUAGAACACAAUAUUUGCGCUGUUUGUGGAAAUAAAAUUCUAAUUGGAACCGAUGAAGAGGGUAUCAUUGAAAAUACAUACCAAUUAUCAUGUUCACAUACAUUUCAUGAAUUCUGUAUACGCGGAUGGUGCAUUGUUGGGAAGAAGCAAAUGUGCCCUUACUGUAAAGAAAAAGUUGAUCUCAAGAGAAUGUUUCCUAAUCCAUGGGAAAAACCUCAUGUUUUAUACGGUCAGUUACUCGAUUGGGUACGAUGGUUAGUUGCAUGGCAGCCGAUUAUUCUAAUGCUUGUACAAGGAGUCAAUUACUUCUUGGGAUUGAAAUGAGACGGUGAUUAAAUUUUUAAGUAUACGUAUCGUCGAAGAAUAAAAGAAAAAAAAUCGUCUCAGGUAGUGCUAGCGCGAUGAAGUGGUCAAGUCGGAAUCUUUUGUUUUGUAACAUUAAUUUGCAAAUAUAUCUCGUUGAAAGACAAAUGUUCAUUGUCGAAUCAUUUCAGUUCAAGUUACGUACUUAAAUGCUUCGGGCAAUCAGUUGAGAAGAUGAUUCUUAGAAUCAAAAUUAAUUUUUCAUAAUUCUUGACUUUCAUGUACAGACGUCGCCUUGACCACUUGUUUUUCCAGCACCCACAGUUUAUUUGCAUCAGCAUGUGUAUUUGAGGCUGUUAUUUAUUGCAAGAUUUUUAGUUUCCUAUUUUUUCAUUUAAGAAUAUAAAUAUUUGAAUCGAUUACCACAGCUUGAUGUUAUUUUGAUAUAAUGAAUGUUUAGAAAUUUUACUAUUGAUCUUUAUCACGAACUGUAUUUUAAAAUAAAAUACACAGUUUUAUUAUCAA